GCCUCGUUGAAAUCCAUUAAAACACUUCUGCGCACUUAGGCAACCAUCGGCAACCUUCAGCGGGGGCCACAAUUGAACAUUAAAUCACUUACGAAACCACAACAACAACAGCAAUAGAAAUCGAUAAAAAUGCGUUCCUCACCCUACGCCUAUCACAUCGCCAACGACUUGAGCGAAGAAGAGUCCGACGGCGAUGCACUCGACUAUCAUAUGGCGGCGGCCAUUAGCUCAAACCAUCGCCACCAGCAGCAAAUGGAAUUGAAAUUGAAAGACAUACCAGAGAAGUAUUUCAUGGUGAUUGCUCACUUCCUGUCGGGCGAUUUCAAUGACACCGAAGCGAUGGACCGUGUCAACGGGCCCCUACUGAAAGCCAGCAUUAAGUCCGUCUAUUGGCUGUUCCUCAUCCAGUAUGCGUUGCUGGCGCUGGCCGGUAUUGCCAUGAAUGUGAGCAUUAUCGCGUAUGCAAUGUACAAUCGCCUCUAUAAGGAUGUGACGCACGCAUUCAUCGUUAAUUUGGCGUUGUGCCAUUUGGUGCAGUGUGCGCUGGUGUUGCCGAUAACGUUGAUGGUGAUGCUCAUACAGAAUUGGAUAUUCGGACAAUUUUUGUGCUUCUUUCUGCCAAUGCUGCAGGACAUUCCGCUGCAUGUUGCCAUAAUAUCGCAUAUUCUCAUCGCCUGGGAUCGCAUGCGUUGGCUGAGCGAUCCACUGCAGGGCCGUUUGCCGGCCUUCGUGUGCUGCUGCGCGACUUGGCUUACUGGCAUGGUGAUUGCGCUGCCAUAUCCCAUCUAUACGAUUUAUGUGGAAUUGGGGGACUAUGUGACAGAGCUGAAUGGCAUCGGCCUAUGUGUGGUCAACCUAAUGGACGAUAUGCACGAAUAUAUGCGUGGGCUCUUUUUACUAAUGUACUGUGCGCCCUCCGUUCUGCUGGCUUAUCUUUACAUAAGGACUUCACAGGAGCUGCGUCCACCUGAUGGUCCAUUUGCCGUUAUGAUGUUCGAGCAUCGCGCUGAUAUGCGAAAUCGCCAACGCAACUCAUCAGCCUCUUCGGUGGGCUGCAGCGUCGGCGCUACCAACACUUCCACCUCGGGCAUCGGCUCAGCGCUCACCACACACACGAAUGGCGGUGCCAGUGCCGGUAGUGGCAUGGGUAUGGGUCACAACACAUCAUCUGCGCUUUCGACAACCGGGUCCGCCACAACGAAGACACGCUCGUAUGACUUGUACAGCGCCGAGUUGGAUGUUUAUCGGGAGAAACGUAAACAACGCAACUUCGGCAGCAUGGCCGCUGCUCAGAUACUUUGUCUGUGUCCGCUAAUGAUUCUACGCUUCGCACGCCUUUCCAUGGAGGAGACCUAUGAGAAUCAGAAGCAUUUCGACUUCACCUAUCUGAUGUUUGUGUGGAUCGCUUUUCUGCCCACCGUCAUCUUUCCCUGUAUUUAUGCCUCGCAGAUACUACCCAGAGAUAAGCAAGAGCGCAUACGUGGCUAUUUUCGUCUUUCCACGAAACGUUUCCAUAAAUCGCGCAGUUGUGGCGGCAGCGGCAGCGGCCAAACGCCCAGCUCCCGAGAGGAUUCCAUUGAAAAGGACGACAACACAAACGCCACGCAAGCCACAUCGAUAGUCGUGAACGGCGAGGAGUUUCUGAACGGGGGCGGCAGCAUUACCGGUACCGCGCUGGUGACACGUCACGAACUUAAUCGGGCUGCCAAGUUUCAACAACAGCAGCAACAGCAUCACAACAAUUGCCGACAGGCUGGCAAGGACAGUGCAAACGGCGGUGCGGCGGUAGGUCAGCAUGCUUACGGCAGCAAGUCGACACCGCUGGCGAAGGAUGUGCGUGUGAAGAAGAAUGAUGUGAAGAUUAAGAUAAUAUCGGAUGGCGGCAAAGGCAAGAAGUCAACGUUAGCAGGCAUUGGCGGUGCCGGGCAAUUGCAGGCACAGCAUGCAGCGAAGAGCGGCAGUCGACGCGAGAGUGUUGCCGGUGGCGGCGGUGGCGGUGGUAGUAUUGGUGAGCGUAAAUUGACGCUGGGCUCGUUGGAUAACUCCUGCUCGAAUAUGACCUCGUCGACCUACUGCAAUGGCGGUGGCAGCUUGUUGGAGGAUGAUGGUGGCGCAAGCAAUUUCGGUGAUGGUGAAGACUCCUCAAUAGUGAGUGGCAUGAUUGUAUCGAGCGGCGGACAAAAUGGCAUCAACUAUAUGCCGCACAAGAAGUGGAGCCUCAGUGGUCAACCAUUGUUACGCAACAAGGAUUUAUCGUUUAGCGAUUGCAGUAGUUUCUCUCAUAUGGAGACGGCCAGCACGUUGGAGCGCGACAUGGAGAUAAUCGAUAUGUUGGAGCGUGAACGUAGCAUGGACAUACAGGAAAUGAUAGAGCGUGAGAAGCACGGUGAGACGGUGCGCAUGACGGUGGGUGAACGUCGCAAGCUGCCCGAUAUUGAGAAGAUUUAUCAGCGUUCGCCAAAAGCGAAACUCGAUCCGUACAAUUAUGAUGUGUCGUCACAGGCGACGCCGACACCGUCAACAGCAACCGCAAAGGAUAGCAUACCGAACUCUUUGCUCUGCAGUGAUCCCUUGCAGUCAAGCGGUGGCAUUAGUAGUAGUGGUAGCAGCACAAAUGAUGGCGGUUAUAGCGUUGCGUCGACGUUUACCGGCGAUGAUGGUAUGGCAGCGCAUCGCCUGUCACGCAACGAUGACGGUGAGAGUGGCAUCGAUGUCGACGAAGAAGUGCCGUCCGAUUUCUUCGACAAGUACACGCCGGGCGCUGCCAAUUCGGUGCCAUAUGCCAGCAGCGGCGGCGGCCCGGCAGUCAACACACCCACUUCCGCCUACCAGUAUCAGUACUCGCGUCGUCUGAGCCGCAAAUCGUCGCAUCACAGUCAAGGCUCCAAUUCACAUCGCACUUCGAAGCGAGAUAGCUUCAACUCCUUGAAUGGCAGCGAUCUCAUUGCGGGCGCAUUUGGUGAGCUCGAUCCAACGCAACCACUGUCGAAGAUGUCAGUGGUGGAGGGGCGUAUGCGUCGCAGUAGUGGACGUACGUCCAGUUUCUCUUCCUCGGCACGCAGUUCAAUGAAGUCACGCGACUACAAUCAUGGUUCAUCGCAUUCGGCGCAUCCAGAGCUGGACUUCAGGGAGAAUAUAUUUGCCGAACUCUGAAGAGGUUAGUGUGGUAAGACUCGAGUUUAGGUGCCACGAUCCAAAUUGUGCAUGCUUUAUUUGAACGAGGUGCCUAAUUGGAUUAAAUUAAGCAACGAAGACAUGUUUGAAGCGGAAAGCUAGCUUUUAAUACGAACAAAUACAGAAACCCUUAAAUAGUGUGUAUUGGUAUGGAAGUCCUGACAGAGCAGUUUUAUAACAGUAGUUGAGCGUAAGUUUUUAUUAAUGUAGACAGAUCCUAGUAUGUGGUAAGUAAUGUUAAGUAUAAAUUUGAAAUGUGAUGAAAAUAAGUACAGAAUUGGCUUAAGCAUUCUGAAACGAAGUAUCAUAGUGUUGUUGGAGUUACGUUGCGAAUAAAUUAGUUUGUUUGUUAUGUGUGAAUUUAGAUAAUAAGGGUUGCUAACUGAAGCAAUAUACGAAGCUUACCUAAUCUUGACUGUCAGAUGAUUUGAAGGUUAGAUCACCUUUGAAGGAUUGGUUGGAUUGGAUUUGAAGGAUCCUUUGAAGGAGAUUUCUAGUCAACAGUGCCGAAGGAUGUCGUUGGCAAUGCUUUAGGUCUAGUAUUUGGAUUCAGAGGCUGACAUAUAGUAUUCAUGAGUUACGAGAAUAUCAAUAAGGUAGUGCAUUUGGCUCUAAAGAACUGUAAUGGUUCGUGAAAGGAGGGGUAAAACUCGAAAGAUUAUUAGUAUGAUUAUUUGUAUGAGGCAACUGCAUGCUUUGUUCCUGAAAAACACAUGGGGUUUAAGUUAAAUAUGUGAUUACUUAACAUAUGAGUCCUUUUGAAGAAAAGCACGGGCUUUUUACAGCAGAAAUAGUUUGAGUGAAAAAGAGAUACCACGUUAACUCAAUUAUGGAAGA